CUCCAACUCCCACUCUCCAACCGCAACAUCCUCUUCUCCCUGCCCUUAUAACCAUCCCACUACGAUAACCAUUUUUUUACCUUCUUCCGUUACUAUUUCUAUUGUUCUUCUUCUUAUUAUUAUUAUUCUUGUGGGUUAUCGAGUUGAUGAUGCAUGUGGGUUUCUUUCAGAUCCUAUAAAUGAUUGAUUUUUUUCUCUCAAAAUAAUUUUUUUUUCGAGGAUCUUUGUGCUCUCUGAGCGAAAUCAUCUAGCAUAUUGAGUGAUGGUUAAGCGGGGCUGGUGUAUGUAUGCAUUUCUUCCCAGCAAGCAAUGCAACCCCAUCAAAGUGGGUCUGUGUUUAUUCUCACUAACAUAAUGGAAGCAGCAUUGUACUAAGAGAAAAAUAACCCUCGAGCAAUUGGUUCAGUGGCAGGAAGGCUUGAUUCCCUCGUUAUCAUCUUGGAUUCAAAUCCAAGGGGUUGUGAAAAAGAAAUUUCGUGUGAAUGCACUGUUUGACAAUGGGGAAGCCCACUCCUGCAAGAACUCAGCCUUGAUGUGUGAAAGCUUCCUUGAAGAUAUCUGACAAAUUAGAACCAAAAAAAUAAUUGGGCAACAGUAACCUAAGAAUAGCAUGAGGGAUUAGUACACUGCUAAAAUCUAAGAUAGAGUGUUGUGUUAUUUAUUUAACGAGUGAUGUGAUAGAUUAAGUCCUGCAAUGAUUGCAAUGUGUGAUGUUAGUAAAAAGUUUAGUAGAAGUGUUAGCACCCUAAAAUUACUCUUAUAACAGCCAAGUUUUGUGCACAAAUUCCUAUUGCAUUUGUGCUGGAUGAUACUUGCAUAUUGUUGUCUUUUUCAAACUCUUUUCCUUUGAGCACUGCAUCCUAUAUAUUUGCUUGUGUUGCUUCUAGAACCUGUGCAAGUGUCUAACCUGUUUAAAAAUAAUUAUGUCUUAUAGCGGUCAUGUACUUCAUUUGCCCUGUGUAACAUGGCCACAAGCUUUAUAUGGUUUUAAAAUACCGUAUCCAUGUGUUUCAGACUCUUGAAACAAUUGUGUUGCCUCAAAUCCUAUACACCUUGUCAUCUGUGCAUUCUUAUGAAUUGAUGACUAUGCUUUAUAUACCUCAUAUCUUAGUAUGUAUUGUAUCUGUAGUAUGAAGUAUGCGCCACCUAGCUAGCUUAACUGGCUGCGGCAUUGACUUUGAACUGUUAUGUGAUGAUGUUUCUAUGUUUUCUUACAGGUAUCAACAGGCAUCCACAUUUCCAGGUUUGAAUGAUCAACAUAAUAUUGAAUUUUUAAGUUUGAGCUCGAGUUGAAUUAUUUGAGGUGGCAAUUCUUUGCUUCAUAAAGCUGUUAUAACUUUACGAUAAAUUUGGUUUUGCUGGCAAGAAAAUGUUGGGGGGUAACAAUGGCAAUUCUUUGCUUCCUGUUUUCAUGGAUGAGAAUCAUAUUCCUUAUCAGACUAACGCAUCAAACCAGUUGCAAUUGUUUGGUAAUUUGGCAGCUGGAUGCAGCAUUGACCCAGUGAAUUAUUUUGGAAAUGAACAUGGAACUCCUAUCCUCCGUGCCAAUAAACGUGGAAGGGAAGCAGAAGAUUUUGGCAGACAGCAAAAGCUACAGAUUUCCUUAAAUUAUAACAUUUGUCAAGAUGAAGCUGACCGCUCAGCAAGCAUUCCAAACCCAAACCCUGUUUCAACUGGGUUGCGUCUAUCUUAUGAUGAUGAUGAACACAACUCAUCCAUAACUUCUGCAAGUGGAAGUAUGAGUGCUGCACCUUCAAUCAUCCUGUCCCUUGGUGACAAUAUUAGGACUGAGCUUGAUCGGCAGAACGAUGAGUUUGAUCAGUAUAUCAAGAUUCAGGAGGAGCACUUAGCUAAGGGGGUGAGGGACUUGAAGCAGAGACAUUUUUCUUCUUUGCUUGCUGCCAUGGAGAAGGGUGUAAGCAAGAAGCUACAGGAAAAAGACAGAGAAAUAGAGAACAUAAACCGUAAAAACAAGGAGUUGAUUGAGAGAAUAAGGCAGGUGGCUGCUGAAGCCCAGAACUGGCACUAUAGAGCAAAGUACAAUGAAUCAGUUGUCAAUGUCCUGAAGAGCAACCUCCAGCAGGCAAUUUCACAGGGCGCUGAUCAAGGGAAGGAAGGAUUCGGAGACAAUGAGAUUGAUGAUGCUGCCUCUUACAUUGAACCUAACAACUACCUGAACUUUUCAGGUGAUCCUGCAAAGCCUCUCCCCUGGAACUAUCAAGGCUUGAAGGAACAUGUGACAUGUCGAGCAUGCAAAACAAGGGAAGUGUCCAUGUUGUUAAUGCCCUGCAGGCAUCUCUGCUUGUGUAAAGAAUGUGAUGCGUUAAUCAAUGUUUGUCCUGUAUGCCGGUUGAUCAAAACUAAUAGUUUUCAAGUGUUCUUGUCCUAAAAGAUGGAGUAAAUCACUCAAAGUAAUCUACACCCAUCAUACGAGAUUACAUGUCAAACUGUUCUUUCCCUGACGCAUAAGAUGUAUGUCUAGUAACUUAUCUUUGAAAGAUGAAAGCUUCCGUUGGCUCAUUAUCUUA